UUGCAACAAAGAUUAUCGGAGUCUCGGAGACACACUUUGAGAUAACAAACAGAACACUUGUAUUACCUACCAACUAACCAAAAUAUGCAAACGCUACUGUUACCGGCAGGUCGUACAACCAUCGCACCACCGUCAUUGACGGUUGCAAAACCCUCAUUUUCACACUUAAAUCACCCAUUACUCUCAACCCACAAAUCUCUAUCUUUUUCAACAUUAUAUUGUCGUAAUAAUAAUAAUUUUCAAACUUAUCAAAUCAAAAACCCAAAUAAACAUUUUAUAUCUUCUGCCACUUAUUCAAGUUAUAAUAAUAAUUCCAAUCUUGCCCAGGUUUCAAAGAGAUUAGAGAGUACUUCAAGGUAUUUCAAGAGGCUUGGUGGCUUAGGAUUUUGGAUACAGCUGGUGUUGACCAUUACAUCUGCAGUCAUACUUUCAUUUUCUGUUGUUAUAACCGGAAAGAUCUCUUCACCGGCUACGUUUUAUGCCACAUCUGGUGGUAUUGCAGCUGCUUUCCUCUCAGCGUUUUGGUCAUUUGGUCAUAUUCGCCUUUCUGAUACGCUUCGGAAAACUGCCAACAACCCAUCAAAGGCACCUCCUCGAGCUGAUGUUGAGAAGAGCUUGAAAAAUUGUAUAACCUUAAACGUUUUGGGCAUGGGUGCUGCUAUACUUGGGAUGCAAGCCACUGUAGGAACACUAGUGGCUAAGGCUCUUACUUCAUCAGCCAAUUCAUAUUACCGGAGUGGGAGCAACCCCGUCCUUGCAUUGGAUGUUUUCUUAGUACAGGCAUCAACAAACAUCAUCCUAUCACAUUUCGUAGGACUUGCUCUCUCACUGGAACUACUACGCUCAGUCACAUUACCACUUUGAGAAAAAAGCUGUUUCGUAGAUGGUCAAACAUUCCAGAGCUUGUUUCAUGAAAGGCGCAUUCUGGGUCUGUGUGGUGUGUUUCAAGCAGGGUUACUUGUUUGGAGAAAAGAAAGCAUACAGUUUGUAUGAGUGAAGUUCGUUGUUUCAUUGUUAACCUACUCUGGUUAAUCAGGUUUUAGAAAAUUUGUUCUCAGCUACCAACAUCAUAUUUUAGUUAGCCAUGUGCAACUCUUUCUUUUUUUUUUUUUGUAGAGAUUUACAAUACCAUUGAAAUUGUAGAGUUCUGCUUUGAAGUCAAUGUAUACGAAUUAAAUUUAAAUUACUGAGACGAUAAUCUGAGUCUCUAAAACUCAUACCAAUUAUCACUGGUUAUCUGGUUGUGUAAAGCUUUUUCAGUCACUGCAACUUCAUUUUGAAGGGGUUUAAUAAUACCACUUUGCUUUAGCGUACAA